AUGAAGCGCAACUCAAAACAUUCCAAACACACGAACGGGAAAGACCUCUAUGAGUCUGCCAAAACAAAGAUUCCGUCUCUCCAACUACUGCCACGGCACUCAACAGAGUCCCCAACGAUCCCCGAUCCCACGAUGAGCUCAUCCAGAGACCUGGCCCCGCAACCUGGGCUCAAUCGCCUACCUUCACUGACUGUGUCGGCGCCCCUGCCCCCGCUACCUGCUGCAUGGGAAGGCACAGAAGACAUGAAGAUGUGGCUGCACGCCAAAAUUGAAGAAGACCGGCGCAAGCAGCAAGAAGAAAUGAAACAACAGGCUAACUUAAUACUGGAACAGCGGCGCAUCGAGCAGUCAAUACUGUCGGAUGCCCUCCGCGCUGGUGUCCCACCGAAGCUGGUCCCACUAAUCUUCAACGGGAUCUACACCACCGGUGUCGAUGAACUGCAGAGACAGUGCUCUGCACCGGCUUCCAGAACUGCUACACCAUCUCCGAUGUCCCGACAGCACAAUAAGGGCCUUGCGCCAUCUAAAAAGCUCCCUAUUGCAUCCAAACCACCUCGGCGGACACCUAGGCAGACUCCUAAGCGACCUACUCGUCCAAAAGCUAGUGAGUUAUCACCGACGGCCACAAGCCAUAUACCGGAAACGCACCACUCUCGGUGGUCGGAAGACAUGUCAAAUCAACAUCGAGAGCGAAUGAUAAGCUCCGAGCGAGAGCGGCUGAAGCGCAAGCUGAAUUCCCAGAACAUAAAGGUCGCUGACCAGAAGUUGUUGGAUACAGCCUUUGAACAUACCUUUCCUGUUACCAAAGCUAUGAUCCAGGACCUUCCCCCUCGAUAUUUGAUUGAUCCUCCAGAUAGGGCUUCUGAGACUCAGGAAUCGGAGCGGCAGCAAUCCCGAUCACAACCCCAACAGCAACUACAAAUGCUGAGCAAUCCUGUCAGUGUCUCAAAAGCCCCAUCUCAUCUUCGCCCGGAGCAAACAAACCCCCCUAGCCCAAAACGCAAGGACCAGAGGUCGCACAAAAAAGUCCAUCCACCUCAAUAUCAUCGAAAUGAGAUACUACUUGCUCAACAUGACCCAUUUCAUAGACCAGAGCUUGAUCAGAAGCCACAACAGCGCGAUUUGUCCAGCGCCAAUGACCCCCGUACUUGUGAGGGUGGCUCUUCCGAGAAAACAACGGAUUCAACCCUUGCUUCAGUAGUAAAAUCCAGUGAUAGCAGCUGA